UUGAGUGUCUGGGACCUUAGGUUGGUAGGGUUAGAAGUGGGGGCUCCUCCCACCGGGACAUCUUGGCCUGCUAGGGGUGCAGGGCGCCUUGUGUGUAGCCCCCAGAACAGGUUUCUGAUUCCUAACCUGGCUGUGAUCGUUGUGAUGGAGCAAGAGCAGAAACCACUGGUCUCAGUUGCUAACGGCCUCACGGAGAGGGGGAGUUUGAAAAACUCUUUUACAGGAGAUGAAAGUAAGAAUAAUUUAGAAACCGUUCAGCACAACAACCUUAAGGCAGAUAAUCUUAAAGAGAGAGCCUCAAAAUGGUCUAAAAAAGAUGGCCCACAAAACUUUAAGCAAGAGGAUACAAAAGAAAUACCAUUGACACUGUCCCAGGGAGGUGAGACUUGGUGUGAUGGCUUCUAUGAGAAUGACAGCAAGUCAGAGAAUCGGGAAAAUUCUACAGGAAAAGAGGAAGAGAAACCCAGUGACUCAGGGGAACAUGCCAAUACGUCUGGCCAGCAGAAUUCAUCCUUCAAAGACAAACGUCAUAAAUGUUUUGAAUGUUGGAAAAGCUUCAAUAAUAGUUCUCAUUUGCGUGCUCACCAGAGGACCCACUCAGGAGAAAAACCUUAUAAAUGCUUUGAGUGUGGGAAAUGCUUCAGUAACAGCUCCCACCUGAUCCAGCAUCUGCGAACACACACAGGAGAGAAGCCCUACCAGUGUGGGGAAUGUGGGAAAAACUUCAGCAACACGUCCCAUCUUGUUAUCCAUGAGAGGACUCACACGGGGGAGAAACCCUACAAGUGUCCCGAAUGUGAGAAGAGUUUCAGUAGCAGCUCUCACCUGAUUCAGCAUUACAGGAUACACACUGGGGAGAAACCGUAUGAAUGUCCCGUUUGUGGGAAAUGCUUCAGCCACAGUUACGUCCUAAUAGAACAUCAGAGGACUCACACUGGAGAAAAACCUUACAAAUGCUCUGAUUGUGGGAAGGGUUUUAGUCAGAGUUCCAGCGUGAUUCGCCACCAGCGGACACACACAGGUGAGAAACCCUACAGAUGUACUGAAUGUGGAAAAAGCUUUGGUUGUAAUUCCACUCUAAUAAAGCAUCAGAGAGUACACACGGAAGUCUGUCCAGAAAGUACGCAGCCAUGUAAUAUGACAAAUAGAGACAUUUAUUGAAGAAGAGAUAAGAAACUUUGUACAUAGGACAGUGAUGCCUCAGUCCCCUUCAAAGUAGGUACCUUGGGACCACACACGGUUCUCCCAACCACCAUCACCCGCCCUGUCAUAUUUUCCUGAAUAUCGACAGUCUGAAAUUUCUUUCCUUUCUAAGGUGGUUUUAGUUUUGGGAAAGCCAGAAGUCGCAGGGCACUAAAUCUGGGCCAUAGCAGGCUGAGUCAGCUGCAGCUGGCUGUACGAGCUGAUUUGAUGUUUUGCCAAAAAACCACACGACAUGAUACAUGAGCAAGUGUGUUGUGAUGAAGCCGUCAAUCGCCAGUUGCCCAUAGCUGUGGCCUUCUGAAUCAUCCGAAUAGUUUCUGCAAAGGAAUGUUCAAGCUUAAUGCAAAAUUUGAUGCUGAUUCAUUGCUGUACUUGUUCAGUCUAUUGAAUGUGACAGCCACACAGGACACAGGUUCACUCAGCAGUGUCUACUGCCCCUGCUGACAAGUACAGUGAAGUCGUCAUUGUUCACACAUGUGCAUUCCAGUCCACUCUCCUUGGCUGUCAGGUUACACCGGUGUUGCACAAACUAUUGUUAUAUUAACACUGGCUGAACAUUUUCUGGACAGACCUCGUUUAGUGUGGGAAGAGUUUUGGCCAUCGCAUUAGACAUCAGAGGACUCGUACAGGAGAAAACCCUUUCAGUGGUUCUGAGUGCCGGGGAACCUUCCAUCAGAGUUCCAUCCUGGUGGUUCACCAGAAGACUCACGCAGGAGAGAAACCUUGUAAAUGUCCUGACUGUGGUGAGGGCUUCAGUCAGAGCUUGAACCUUAUCAGGCGCUGGAGGACCCGCAUCAGAGGACGAUCUUCCUAGUGUACCGACUGUGAGAAAUGCUCAGCAGAAGUGCCUACCUGUCCAUGUCGGAAAAUUUACAAAAAAGUUUUUGAGCCUCCUGAAGGUGAAGAUUCGCAUGAGUGGACUCUGAAAAACUGUUCAGAGUAGCUUGCCCUUAUCUGUUCAUUUUCAGUCCCAAAUUCAUCUUCCUCUGAAGUCCCAGAACUGGUUUUUCCUUUCUUUUUGGACCAUUACAAUUAAAGUAUUCUCUGACCAUUAUGCUACAAAGUAUUUUUGGCUUGUUUGCUGAAACAUCUAGAAAAAGUCAACUUCUCUGUUUAAGGAUGAGAAGACCCAGAUCACCAGAUCAGUGAAUCUGCUGUGAGAGAUCCUGUCAAGAAUGGACAGGAAGGAGGAAUUUGUUUUGAUCUGAGGAAAGAAGGGAAGAGCCUCAGAAGAGCCUCAGAGGAAAACCUGAAGCAUCACCUAAAGCAGUGACACCUGAGAGUUGGGAGCCGCGACUGCCAUUGAGUUGCCUUAUUUUCUCUUCCCUGAUGGGGUGGCAAUAAAUUAUUACUGGUCUCAGGGAUUUACCCAGAGAAAAUUCUUUUUUGAACCAAUAACCUGAUUUCCUGGCUAUUUUGCUGGGUCUUCAGGAAGAAAGGAUUCCUUUCUUCAAAAAAAAAAAAAUGCAUGUUUGAUCACUGAAUGUGAACUUUUGUAGCUUUAGAACUGCACUAAUACAAUAGUCGCUAGCCACACGUGGCUAUUUAAAUUGAUAUAAUUAACAUUAAAGGAAGUUCAAAAUUCAGUUCCUUAGUCUUACUAGCCAUUUGGAUCACCUUUGAAGUUAGCCUCAGAGACCUUGGUGUCUGUUGAGUGGCCGGAGGGGAAAUAAAGGCAGGGCCCUCGCCAUUCCAAUCUAACCAAGAACUCAAUGCAGGAGGCUGGAAGCAAAAGGAGGACCCGUCCCACCAGUUGACUCAGCAGUCCUGAGCCCGGUCCAGUGAGCCUGAUGGGUACCGAACAGCACAAGCAGAAACAGCACGGGGAGGGGAGUCCUUGAGACUGCUGGGACAGGGGGCCUCUGUCACAGUUUCACUAGGAUGAAGAGCCUUUACUAACUGAGAAAAAAAGCCUGCGUAGCUGUACGUUAUUCCCAAGAUUUAGAGGGGAAAGGAGGGAGAACCUAAAAGCUGACUAAGGUCAAUAACCCCUGAACCCGAAGGUACUUAGUAGCUAAGUACCCACUUGUAGCCUCGGCUCAAGUGUAUAAAACUAACUCACUAACAAACUUACAACUUUCUUUCCUCUUGUGUGUGGGGCAUUUAGACUUAGCUGGGGGCCUGCUUGCAGCUUUGUGCUCACGUAUAUUUCAUAAAUAAACUUGCUAUUUCAUUUCCA